CUUAAGCACUAGUUACUUGUAGAAGUCGACGCAUACAAAAUGGGAAGUCUUUCUGUUCCAAUAAUUGAUAUUUCUUCACUAAAUUCCAAUAAUUCAACCGACGAAAUCGAUAGACAAAUUCACAAAGCGUGUGAAGAAUGGGGAUUCUUUUAUGUAAUAAAUCACGGUGUGGAUUUGGAAUUGAUUCAACAAGCUGUCGAUCUGGGUUUGGAAUUUUUCAAUUUACCAAAAGAGCUGAAAAAUAUGGUCGCUAGAAGUGAGAAGAACCUUCAAGGCUAUUCGGAUAGUGAAUUGACUAAAAGAAAAGUGGAUUGGAAGGAGGUGUUUGAUUUCACUCCGGAUGUUCCCGAUACAGAUGGUAUUAUCAGUAUCGGUGUACAUGGAAAAAAUCAAUGGCCCACUGAACCAGUUGGUUUUGAGAGAACAAUGAAAAAUUACUUAAUGUCCCUACAAAAAUUAAGCCGCCAAUUAUUGCGAUCUUGCAUAAAGUCUAUAAGCAAUGAAGUAGACAUUGUUGACAAUUGCUUCGAUGGAACUGGAGACACCAGCCUAGUUCGUUUGAACUUUUAUCGGAGAUGUCCCAAUCCUGAGCUUCAUUUAGGUGUUGGACCACACUCUGAUCCAGGAAUUAUUACAAUUCUGCUGCAAGAUAAUUCGGUGUCGUCGCUGCAAGUGUUGAAAGAUGGCACUUUCUACGACGUUCCUCCCGUAAAGGAUUCGUUUGUUGUUAAUAUUGGAGAUAUGAUGGAAGUAUUUUCGAAUGGCAAAUACAAAGCACCAGUACAUAGAGUUCUUACUAGUACUGACAGUGACCGCUUCAGCUUACCAUACUUUUUGGCUCCAUCCUAUAGCUUUAUCAUCAGGCCGUUGAAGGGCACGUACAAUGACGACAAUCCUCCAAAGUUUAGAUCGUUUCCUUGGGCUGAAUUCAGGAAGGGUCGAUAUGAAGGAGAUUUUGCUGACAAGGGUGAAGAGAUACAAAUAACGCGAUACAAAAUACUUUGAACUUUCUCAUAUAAUUUCAUCUGUUAUCGACAUCGACGACGAAAAUAAACGAUGCGCUAAAA